AUGUGACAGUUACCGUACGGCCUAGCCCUCACGCGUUCGCGGCGUUCCAACCCUUUCCUGUCGUCAUUGCAGUUCUUAGAAGACGAGUAAAUCAGGAAUAGCAAGUCCGCAUACCUGGAUACUUGCUACUAAAGCUAACCAACUACAGUAUUAUCAAUAUGCGUCGCGCUGUGGCUACCGCUUGCAGAUUAGCGCACCAAUGCAAACAUGUGGCGUCUAUUCCUCAGUUGGCAUGCACGAUAGCAGUUGUUACGGGGCCUCGUGGGCUCGAAUUGGGGCACGAGGCAGCACUUGCAAGGACAUGGGCGUUGCGGCAAGCAGGGCGGGCCUUCUCUAGCACCAUCGAUGUAGCCAAGGAGGUGGACGCGGUGAACGAGCUCUUCGCGGCCGCCCGCGACGAGAUUGAGAUCGCCCAGGAGGACGCGGAGACGGUGUACUUCAACGACAGCGUGCAGGAGGCGCGGCGGGCGGUGGAGGCGUGUCUGGGCCGCUGGGAGGCGCUGCUGGCGGCGCUGCCCGAGGCGGAGCGGGCCCGGGUGGUGCGCAGCAUGGGGCUCAAGAUGUCGCAGCUACAGGCUGAGUACGAUGAGGUGAGCAAGCUGCACCUGGAGGACUGAUGGCCGGCUGUGGAGGGUGCCGACCGGCCAGGGAGGGGACAGGGGACACCAGCACACACCCCAGUGGUUGAAUGAUUGAUUCUUUUCAUCCAAUAGCAGCAGCAGAGCCUCCGUAGCGAGCCGUGAGGUGCUCCUAACCAACAGCAGCAGCGGUAGUAGCGGUAUUCAGUGGCAGUGGGUGACAACUGGGUGCCGUAAUCACCGUCAGUAGCCAAGAGUCUGUCCUGACGGCUGCGGUGACAGUGGUGUGAGCGGAGACCUUAAGAAUGGCGAGAUGGCACUGCGCGCGAGCUUCAGAACACAUCUACACAGACAUAAGAAAGCACGACCCACGGGUCUCUGCUGCGUCAUCGGCAUGUACCUAUGGCAGGCC